AUGCAAAAAGUGAUGAGUACUAUAAUCUGUGAGGCUCAGGCUGGGUUCAUUCCUGGUAGAAAACUGGGGGACAAUAUUGUACUAGCUCAUGAGUUAGUUCAAGGUUACAAUAGAAAGCAUGUUUCUCCUAGGCGCAUGAUUAAAAUAGAUCUACAAGAGGCAUAUGACUCCAUAGAAUGGGUGUAUCUAAAACAGGUCAUGGAGGAACUUGGCUUUCCUACAAAAUAUACCACUUGGGUCCUGGAGUGUGUUUCUACUGUUAGUUAUAGUAUCAUUAUUAAUGGAGAACCCACUUUACCAUUUGAAGCUGCUAGAGGUCUAAGGCAAGGUGACCCUAUGUCACCUUUCCUUUUUGCUAUUGGUAUGGAAUACCUUAGCAGGAUGCUCAAUGGCCUCAAAGAGAUUAAGGAGUUCUAG